CCCACUUUCCAUCCGUCCAUCCCUGCAUCAUAAAUCUCUCUCAAUUCAUAAUAUUCCUUGCUCCCCCUGCUCCUCUCUUCCUAUUUCCUUCUUUUCCCACCGCCUUUUCCUCCCUCCGCGCGUAUUAUAUGCAUUCAACAGUUGUUCUUAUCACAUACCGUCAACACCUAUACACUUCUUUCUUGCCCAUCCAGCCCCCAAUUCACCUCAACCCCCUGCAAAACCCAGAAGUUUUCGUUUCCCUAUUUUUUGACCUGCAGAAUCCUUCCGCUUAAGCCAAAAUUUUUUUUUGGGAAGAAAUUUCGGUAUCAAAAAUCUUCUCUAUGAUCAUGUCAAGGAUUCGAUUUUCAUGAUGCCUGCGGCCUAAUUGUAUAUUAGUUUUCAUUCACACAGAAAUCUUUUCCUUUUCAUUUAUACAGAAAUCAUUUCUUUUCAAUUAGUUUGAAAAUAGUAUGGGUAAUAUUGGAAGUACAGGCGUAAACAACCGGCGAAGAAGCGGCAGCCGGCGGAGCCACCCACCGCCGCCGCCCCCCCAGCCACCUCAACCUGAGAUUACUGCCAACCGAUACGUUUUUGCCGCAGCGACCCCGUACCCUCCCCAAUACCCAAACCCUAAUGCUCCGCAUCCCUAUUACCAGUACCCUGGCUACUAUCCGGCACCGCCACCGGCUAUGCCGGUGCCUUUACCGGCUCCAUACGAUCACCACCACCGCAUGGACCCGCCCCAUGUCAAUUGGGUCAGUGGCCGUUACCCUUGCGGGCCAAUGAUGCAACCACCCACACCCUAUGUGGAGCAUCAGAAGGCGGUCACCAUCCGGAACGAUGUUAAUCUGAAGAAGGAAACUUUGCGGAUUGAGCCCGACGAGGCCAAUCCUGGCAAGUAUCUUGUUGCUUUCACGUUUGAUGCUACGGUUGCUGGGAGCAUCACCAUAAUUUUCUUUGCAAAAGAAGGUGAAGACUGUACUCUUACUCCAAUGAAGGAUAGCUUACUUCCACCAGUAACAGUGUCUUUCGAAAAGGGCUUAGCACAGAAGUUUAGACAGCCCUCUGGAACUGGCAUAGACCUCUCAAUGUUUGAGGAAGCAGAUUUGUUGAAGGAGGGGGAGAUGGGUGUUUACCCCCUAGCUGUGAAGGCAGAGGCAUUUGCAGAUAAUCAGAGUACAUCAGCGGAUGGAAACACAGAGCCAGAACCUGGAUCGACAAACUCUCAGAUUACCCAGGCGGUGUUUGAGAAAGAGAAAGGUGAAUAUCAGGUCAGGGUGGUGACGCAAAUCUUAUGGGUCAAUGGCAUGAGAUAUGAAUUGCAAGAAAUAUUUGGGAUAGGCAAUUCAGUUGACAGUGACUUCGAUGGAAAUGAUCCUGGAAAAGAAUGUGUAAUAUGUCUUUCAGAACCCCGAGACACUACUGUCCUUCCAUGUCGACACAUGUGUAUGUGCAACGGAUGUGCCAAAGUUUUGAGGUUCCAAACAAAUAGGUGCCCAAUUUGCAGGCAGCCAGUUGAACGGCUUCUGGAGAUUAAGGUUAGCAAUGCAGCUGAGGAAUGAAGACGAGUGUUCCAUUGUGUAAAGUUUCUUUUAUCUCCUUUUCUUUUGUCUUCUUGUCUGCACCCAUGUUUUGGUUGCACCUAUUUUGAUAUGAUUUUAAUCAGGCACGAAAGUGCACGAGUCUUGGAUGUAAUGCAAACUGAGCUCAUUGCUCAUAGUUUAAUGGCUCCUUACUCGUAAGGUGCUUAAUGAUACUUCCUGCUACUCAUUAUUUGCUCAACUAUGUACAGUAUGAAGCGUGUUUUCUAGCUUUGUUACUUUACUAGCGUGAUUUUUUUUCUCCUGUUGUU